CCAAACCCUUUAUUAUUACUUUCUCUAGUAGUCACUCUUCCCAUUUUCACGAGCAAGAAAGCAGUAGCAUAAAGCUUGUCCCAAAAAAAAAAAGGUUCAAAAGUGUUCACGUCACAACCGCAUCGCAGACGCAGGUGGAAGUGGAGCAGAUCUCCGUGUAGGAUGCCACCAAAAAGAAAGAGAGUAGAGAGAGCAGCUAAAUCAAAUACAGAGCAAGAAGAGCCAGCUGCAAAACCAGCCAAGAAGGAGCGACGACCAGAUGACUCCCCUGAAGAUGCUGCUAAGGAGACGUCUUUGAGAAGCAGGAAGAAGCCAGUAGCACAGAGCUCUGGGAAGAAGACGGACAAGAGUAAAGAAGCCCCGGGCGGUAAAGUGCUCCACAGCUACUGGCUGAUGAAGUCAGAACCUGAAAGCCGGAUUGAAAACGGCGUCGAUGUCAAGUUCGGAAUCGAGGAUCUGAAGGCUCAGCCCGAGCAGACAGGGUGCUGGGAUGGAGUUCGGAACUACCAGGCUCGCAACUUCAUGAGGGAUAUGAAGGUGGGGCAGCUGGCUUUCUUCUACCACAGCAACUGCAAGGAGCCCGGGAUAGCUGGACUCAUGAAGAUUGUCAGGGAAGCCUAUGUGGACCACACUCAGUUUGACAAGAAUGACGUGCACUAUGAUCGGUCCAGCAAGGAAGAUAACCCCAAGUGGUCCAUGGUGUUUUUACAGCUGAAGAGUUGUUCGGUGUUGCUGCAGGUGGACGUGCAGUUCGUCAGGAUGAUGGAACGUUUCAUCCCUCUGGCUGAGCUGAAGCAACACCACCUUGAGCACAAGAGCAAAGGGGGACCCCUGAAACACAUGGCUCUGUUCACCCGGGCUCGGCUCUCUGUGCAGCCGCUCACCAGAGAUGAGUUCGAUUUUGUCCUGAGUCUGGAAGACAAAAAGCCAGUUUAAACCCAGGGUUGAGUGCCAUUCUCGUAACCACAGGAGCCUAAGGUGAAGAUGAAGACUGCAUUGUUUUUAAUGGUGUUAAUACUUUGCACUGAUUGGGGGUGGGGGGUGAUCCCAGUCACCAUGCAGCCCAGGUAACCAUUUGAAUGUAACAGAAAUCACUGAGCUGAAUAAGGACCAGUCCCACAUUUCAGCCUAGUAUGUGACAGAUCUGAAUUUCACAUUUACUGUAAUGUAUGUGAAAUACAGCAUAAAGGUUCAGCUUCCAAGACUGCUGUAGCGCAUACACAGGAAUCUUGUCUCUAAAGCAACAGUAAAGGCUAAGUUAAGCUACCCAGUCCAAAUUUUCAAAGACACCUUUUUUUCUUGCCUGUUUCUGUUUUGCGUGUUUGUGUGUUUCAGGUGUUUUUUAAACCCAUUUAUUCAAAUAUAAAGAUUUCCUCCAAUCUGCAGUCUCGUUGAGUUUGUACGAAUGAGUGUUUUGCUGUUGCAUGUGUGUGCUUUCAACAAAAGAAAGAGUUGUUGAGACUAUAAAUAAGAUAUGAGACAGUAAAACAACUUGCACCAAACCACUUUAGACAGCUCUCUUUUAAUCAGAGACAUAGGAUUAAAAACCAAUUUAAAAUACAGAAUCGCAAAAAAAAAAAAACUAUAAGAAACAAGUAAACAGCAUACUUAUAUCUGUAUUAACAUCUAGAUUUGUUUUUUAAUAUUACCAUAUAAUCUUUAUUUCUCUGCUGAAAAUGUACAAAUUCCCUUUCGCUAAGUGGGUAGUACCUUACAACUCACUAUUAAAUGGAAUAUAUAUUUCAUUGCUGAGAACUAAUUUUAUUGUUUGUAUCUGCAGAUAUACCGGUAUAUAACAUGAUUAUAAUCAUAAAAGGGAAUGUUGUCUCUAAUGCCAUGUGUUAAUGCAGCCUAAAAUUUCAGCGCUAUGGUACGCAAUGCGUUAAGGGGGCUCUUGCUC